AUGAAUUUCAGAUCGCGCGCGCGUCUGAUCACGACUGGCGCGUGGACAGAAGAUUUGGGAAGACGCUCUGCCCAACCUGUUGCGGAUGUCAUGCAGAGGGAUGAUGUGGUUCUCAUUGAAGAUGCGAGCGUGCAUGUGAUGCGUACACGAAGGCGUCUGA